AAUGUUGGUCAGAAGAUUUGCAAAAUCACGACGUGCCUGAAAAAGAUAUUUCUGAACGUCAAUAAUCAAGAAACUUUUUAAAGGUUGUUGGAAAUAUUCGAUAUUUUUUAAAUUCAGCGAAAUUCGAAGACUGUUAUCUUAAUUAAACUGAAGGGGAAGAAGUUCCAGGAGCGUUGGAAUCGUUAUUUUCGCGACGCCAUUUUGUAUGAGCCGGUGAUUUUACCCUAUAGUUGUCAAAAUUUUUCGUGAAUUUAAACAAUUUUCUUUAUCCAGUGAUUUUUCUCGGCGACUCGGACCCAGUCCGUAGCUCAUCUACAAUUUACGGGUUUAUUUAAAAUGAUUGCCUAGUCCACAACAUAAACAAUGACUGUUGCAACUCGGGGACAAGAAGUGGCUGAGGAAAAUAAGGAAACCCAGAAUCCCACUGCAGGCCCAUCAAACAUUAUAGAAGAUCUACAAGAUGAAAAUGCAGAGCCGGAGUUUCCAAAAGAAAAACUAGCCACUUUAGAAGACAAAAUUACUCACACAAGAUGGGUGGUUCCUGUAUUACCUGAUCAGGAACUUGAAGUUUUACUUAAAGCAUCCAUAGAUUUAGCAAAGAAGAACUUAGAUAUUAAAUCAGAAUCAUGUCAGAGAUUCUUUCGAGAGGCCUUAACCAUGUCCUUUACAAAAAUACUUACCGAUGAUGCAGUUUCUAGUUGGAAAGCCAAUAUUCAUAUGUGCAUUUACCAGAAUUGCUUAAAAUUAAUUGAAUUAUGUGUAACAAAACUGCCACAUGACUGGUUUCCUUUAUUGGACCUUUUAGCUAUGGUAUUAAAUCCAAAUAACAAAUUUCAUAGUUUUAAUUCAUCAAGGCAGAGCGAGUCUGCCGGACCAGGAUGUAUUUUAAGUGAGGAGGAGCUGUUUGCCAGACCUUCACAAGACCCCAGAAACCCGAGGGGGUGGCUGGUUGAUUUCAUAAAUAAAUUCGGAGAACUUGGAGGUUUUCAGAAGCUUUUGGAGAGGUUUCAAAGUGGCAAAAACCUGACUGUAUCUGUGGUAUAUGCUCUGUUGAUGCCUUUUGGACUCUGCUAUGAAUUUCUAACUCCUCAUACAAUUCACAAAUAUGUGCUGCCCAUAUUGGAAAUGGUUCCAGAUAUUCUAAACAAAUUAACAGAUGAAGAAUUAAAAAGGGAAGCUAAAAGUGAACAAAAAAGCGACAUAGUAUCUCUGAUAAUAAGGUCGGCCAAGCAUUUGGCUUCCAGGGUUCAAGAUCAAGAAGAGCUGAUAAGAACGUUGGAAGGUUUUAGAUUAACCAUGAUCCUUAGACAGCUGCAGAUAUCUAGUUUUAAUGGCAAAAUGAAUGCACUUAAUGAGAUCAAUAAGGUUAUUUCUAGUGUAACUUAUUAUCCUAAUAGGCACCAUGGUAUUGAGGAGGAGGAAUAUUUAACACCUGAGAGAAUGGCGAAAUGGAUUAAUGACAAUAAAGUCUUAGAAAUAGUUCUUAGAGACUCCUUGCACCAACCUCAGUACGUUGAAAAACUGGAAAAAAUCCUCAGAUUCGUUAUAAAAGAAAAAGCUUUAAGUUUAAGUGACUUGGAUGCCGUUUGGGCAGCUCAAGUGGGCAAACAUGAGGCCAUAGUAAAAAACGUCCACGAUCUCUUGGCUAAACUAGCUUGGGAUUUUAGCGCCGAACAAUUAGACCACUUGUUCGAGUGUUUUCAAAACAGUUGGACAUCGGCCUCAAAGAGGCAAAGGGAAAGACUGUUAGAAUUGAUUAGGAGACUUGCGGAAGAUGAUAAGGAUGGAGUGAUGGCUCAUAAAGUGUUGACGUUAUUUUGGAACCUGGCACACGCCGAAGAUGUUACCACUGAAAUUAUGGAUCAGGCCUUAGCUGCGCAUAUAAAGAUUUUGGAUUACAGUUGUUCACAGGAAAGAGAUGCCCAAAAAACUAUUUGGCUAGAUAAAUGUGUGGAUGAACUAAAGCACAGCGAUCAGUGGGUUUUACCGGCUCUCAAACAAAUUCGCGAAAUUUGCACUCUUUACGAACAAAAUCCAAACGGGAGUCAUCCCCAAAGAGCCCAUCACAUUUAUUAUAGACAGGAGGUGAUCGAGCGAUUGCAAAACCAGCAUUCUUUAGUUAUUUUAGUGACUAAUAGUUUGGCAACUUACAUGGAAGAUUUGAGAAAUCUUUACAAGGAAAAUCCGAGCUUGACUGCGGAAACGUAUGUGCCAGACGGCCGGUAUUGCCAUAAUUUACAGGUACAAGAAAGGCUCAAUUUUCUUAGAUUUCUUUUAAAAGAUGGCCAACUGUGGCUCUGUGCGGACCAAGCCAAACAAAUUUGGCAAUGCCUGGCGGAAAACGCGGUAUUUCAAUCGGACCGAGAAGCCUGUUUUCGUUGGUUUUCGAAACUAAUGGGCGAGGAGCCCGAUCUGGAUCCGGGCAUUAACAAAGACUUUUUUGAGAAUAACAUUUUAAAAAUCGAUCCGGUUUUACUGACUGAGAGCGGGAUUCGAUGUUUCGAACGGUUUUUUAAGGCGGUUAAUAUUAAGGAAAACAAACUGAAGCUUAAAAGGAGAAGCAUCUUGACCGAGGAUCCUGCUCUGAUCGGGAUCGACUACUUGUGGAAGGUGGUUACGCUAUGCCCUGAUGAUAUUGCCGCGAGGGCAAUAGAACUUUUAAGAGAAGUAAGCACGAAUUUAGGACCGAAAUUGCAGCAAAACCAGGUGGAAUUCCACGAGCAGUAUAUUGCGGAGUGUUACGACAGACUUAGGGCGCAUUAUGAUACAGUUACCAUUCUUCAAAAAUCUAUAGCUGAUAAGGAAUUGGAUUCUGCUCAGGUGCCUGACCGGAUUCGUUCCGAGGCCGUUAAAAUGUGUCGAGUUAUGAAAGUGCUUCAUGAGUACAUAAAUGAAUGUGAUAAUGCAUUCGUGGGAGAAAGGAAAAUAUUGCCUUUGCAUCGGGCUUGCUAUGGUAAACAUUUAGCACUGAUCGUACGUUUUUCAAGUAUAAAUCGUCAAGUGGAAGAUUUGGAGUUGCACACUCAUACAAAUGACACCUUAGCCUCCUUAAGAAAAUCGAUUUUGAGGCGAAUUAAACCGGGGGGUCACUGUAAACUGGAUAUAUUUAUAAAUGGUGAACCGUUAGAGGCGGCAGAUGAUAAAAAGUUGCUGUCGCAAAUACCAAUUAGGGAUAAGAUGAUAAUCUCAGCAAAAGUGAUUCAAGUAAACUCCAACAUGGCCUCGUCGCAGGAUAGCAGCUCGGACAGCUCGACGUCGUCACCUCAACAUUUGUACGACGGUCCAAACGCGGACGUGGAAAGUCUCCUGCCGGGCGUUUUGAUGGCUCAGAACGCGGUUUACGCGCAGUUUUUUUGCCAGCUAAUGGAGCUGGGCAGUCAGAUGAACUUUCCCGCUUUAAGGCACGGCGGACACGGUCUGCUGAAACUAAUGCCCUGCGAUAUGGUUACAAUGGAGAAACUGAAGGCGCUCUUCGCUACGCCUGGCGAACAGAAUAAUGUCACUAUGGACAGUUUGUUUUUUAGGCCUGUCUCUGCCGAGGUCCUCUAUAACUUAGAAGUGCUUUACGCUAUGUUAAUGCCCGCGAUGGACACGAUCUCGGAGAAAACCUAUGAGUUCCAGUACUCGUUUAUAACCUCCGGCGAAGUUCACAUUUUUCUCGAAAUGCUUACGAAGAACAAUUUCAUGUCUAACGCCGACAGUAUAACGAGACGAUCCGCCUAUCUGGUCGUGUUGAAAAUAUGCAAGCUCAUCUUGACAUCCGUGGCUCACGUUUUAGUGAGACUGAGCGAGGACCAUACUCCUCCUCCGGAAAACGAGGGACUGAGCGAGAACACGACCACACCUGGAAUGCACCUGAGACAGGCGUUAAGAAGCGUACCCGGCCAUUCGGAUUAUCUGUUACGCCAGGUGUCGAUGAAACUUUCCCAAGGUUUAGCUCAACUAAUGGUAGCCGAAACUGGCAACAACUCCGGGUUGGCUCAAGCGCUAUUCAACCAGGCCUUGAAUUGGGAAUUGCCAGAUCUGGCAACGACGUUGGCUCUCGUGAGACUAGUGUGGGCGGCAAGUAGUGACAAUUUGGGUGCCUUAAAUUCUUCGCCGGAGACGUUGCACUCGCUAUCGGAUCCUAAUAAGCACGACAACCCGGUAGAGUUGGACACCGAGGAUAUUUUGUUGUGUAAGGAGGCGUUGGAGCUGCUCAGCACCGCGGUGGUGUUAAAUUCAAGCAGUUUGGAGCAUCUUUACCAGGAUAAUUGGUGGCCAGAUUUUAUAACUGAUUUGGUCCUGUUAAAUCCGAGUUGCGCGGUACGGGUGGCCGCAGCCGAGCAGCUGAUAGUGAUAUGUACGUGUGGUGCCGCCAGUCGAUUAGCCUUGCAACUUAUCAUGCCUCUACUUUUUUCACUUCUCGACUCUAUGGUUAUAGAAUACGCGAAUAUUUCCAGGGAGUAUUUUCAACUGCUCUGUAGGUUGGUUAGCGUCGCCUACUUGACCGGAUGUCCGUUAAACAACGCGGAAGUUUUACUUGCGAAUGAGGUUGCUUGGCUGCGUAGUGCCCGUGACAAGAAUGAAGUAUUAAUCGAAGGGCACUUGGGUCUCGCGAAGGAACUGCUCAGUUUCAUGACGCCCGAACAAAAAUGCGAACUGGGCAGCGCGGAAUCCGGAAGUUUGAUACGGGAACUGUUGGAAGAUUUUUUGUUUCCCGCGAGUAAAUUGGAACUGCUUCUGGCCAAAACGAAGCAACUGGGAGAGGAUCCGGCCAUACCCAUUUGCGAUACUCCGCAGACGCAGGCGGCCGCUUUUGACUUGCUGAUUUCGCUAUGCGUGAAUUGCGUGCCGAAUUAUAAGCAACUGGUCAAUAUGCUCACCGAGAUGUUUUAUUCGGACCCAGAUUCGGCAAUAACCGAGUGGGACUACUUACCAGCGGUCGGACCUAGACCGUUUCGGGGCUUCGUGGGUCUGAAAAAUGCGGGCGCUACUUGCUACAUGAACUCGGUACUACAACAGUUGUACAUGGUCGAAAAUAUAAAGCAAGGUUUAUUGGCGGCGGAAGGUGCCGCGACCGACCCUAACGAGGAUUUUACCGGGGAAGAACGGAUGGAUUUGGAUAUAGAUUGCACCGAUGAUAGAAAUUGUGUGGAUGGCAAUCGCAAAGAUUACAACGUUGGGAUUUUAAAACAGGUUCAAGCAAUCUUCGGGCAUCUAGCCUGCUCUAGGCUACAAUAUUACGUCCCUAGGGGCCUGUGGCGCCAUUUUAAACUGCAAGGGGAGCCGGUCAAUUUACGGGAGCAGCAGGACGCGGUGGAGUUUUUUAUGUCUCUAGUCGAAAGUCUGGACGAAGCUUUAAAAACGCUGGGCCACGAGCAGAUCAUGUCCAAGAUCUUGGGCGGGUCCUAUAGCGACCAGAAAAUUUGCAAGGGGUGCCCGCAUCGAUAUUCCAAAGAGGAGCCUUUUAGUGUUAUUAGUGUAGAUAUUAGGAAUCAUAGCAGUUUGCCAGAGUCAUUAGAACAGUAUGUUAAAGGUGAAUUAUUAGAGGGAGCGGACGCGUACCAUUGCGAAAAGUGUGCGAAAAAAGUGGUGACGGUCAAACGAUUGUGCGUGAAAAAACUGCCUCCGGUCUUGGGUAUUCAGCUGAAGCGGUUCGAGUACGACUUCGAGCGGGUGUGUGCCAUUAAGUUUAACGAUUACUUUGAAUUUCCUCGGGAACUGGACAUGGAGCCCUAUACGGUAUCCGGCCUGGCGAAGAUCGAGGGAGAGAUAAUAGACUGUGAUUUAGACCCUAGUACCAGUGACGUUUGUACUAAAUAUAGGCUUAGCGGGAUUGUCGUGCAUUCAGGACAAGCUUCGGGUGGACACUACUACUCUUAUAUCCGACAUCGAGACCCGUCGGGUGAAGUAAGGUGGUACAAAUUCGACGACGGAGAUGUUUUAGAAUGUAGAAUGGGCGAGGACGAAGAAAUGAAAAUCCAGUGCUUUGGCGGUGAUUAUAUGGGGGAAAUGUUCGACCCUAUGCUAAAGCGCACCACCUAUCGCCGUCAAAAGAGGUGGUGGAACGCCUACAUGCUGUUUUACACCAGGCAUGACGUCGAAGAAGAACAACUAGUUAAAUCUUUUACACAACUAAGCUUAUCAUCUUCCAGAAAAGAAACUCACCUAAAAAUGCCGAUUGCGAUCGAGAAUAGCAUUAGGAAGCAGAAUAUCAAAUUUUUACAUCACCGAAGUCAGUUUACCGUGGAGUAUUUCGCGUUUAUAAGAAAAUUAGCGACCAGUUGUGCUCAAACGAACGUGCGGCACAGUCAAAGUUUCUCUAACGAGCUUUUAGAACAGCAGUACCUGUUAAGUGUUCAGUUGGUUAGUAAUUUUUUGUUCCACACCGGCUGGCAUACUAAGAAAAACCUUCGAGGACCGGCAAUGGAUUGGUGCGAUGUUUUAUGUCUCCAUUUACGAUCGUCCCCGACGAUACGUCAGUGGUUCGGCAUAAAUAUUCUCUUCAACCAUAUGGGUCGAUUUUGCGAAUAUCUUCUUAGCUGUCCCAGUAACGAGGUACGGACCGCGUUCAUAAAGAUCGUGGUGUUGCUCGCGCAUUUCUCGAUUAAGGAUCCCCCUUGUCCGUGUCCGCCGGGCAUCAACAAUCCGGAUCCGAACGCGACUUUGAGCGAUCACGUCAUCGGGUCGCUGUUGGCGUUGUUACAGCGUGAAGUCAGCGAACACGGACGCCACCUGCCGCAGUAUUGUUCCGUGUUUCAUAUGUAUGCCAAUCAGGGAAUCCACGAAAAAGCGCAACUCUUACGACUGAACCUACCCGCAACGUUUAUGUUAGUGGCCUUAGAUGAAGGACCAGGACCCGCGAUCAAGUACCAGUACACCGAGUUGGGAAAACUAAACCAGUUGGUCUCGUGUUUGGUCCGAUGCUGUGAUGUUAGUUCUAAGUGUCAGUCAAGUACUGGAGGUCCGAUUUUGCCGAACCCGUUCAGGGAAUCCAGCAUACCGGACUACAUUAUGCCUCUGUCGCCUCAGGCGUCUGAAAUAUUGUUUAAUAGGAUUAGCUAUAUAAAAAAAGUGAUCGAAGAUACGAACCUAACAGACGAAGCGAUCAAGUUACUUCAGUUUUGUUCAUGGGAAAAUCCUCAGUUUUCAAAGAACGUCCUUUCAGAAUUACUGUGGCAGAUAGCGUUCGCUUAUUGUCAGGAACUGAGGCAUCACAUCGAAAUAUUAUUGUCGGUACUUUUGAUUGAGGAUUCGUGGCAGUCACAUAGGAUACAUGACGCAAUUAGAGGUAUUGCAGAAGAAAGAGAAGGCUUAUUGGAAACAAUAACUAGGGCAAAGAUUCAUUAUCAAAAGAGGGCUUAUCAGUGUAUAAAAUGUUUGGUUGCUCUGUUCAACAAAUGUCACGUAGCUAGAAAUAUGUUAAUGGUACAGGCUGAUUUAAGAAGACCUUGGGCGUCGGCAGUAUCGUGGUUACAAGACGAGCUCGAGCGAAAAUACCCGCCAAACUCCCAGUACGCGUACAACACGUGGUCGCCUCCGGCCCAAAGCAACGAAAAUUCCAACGGUUACUUCUUGGAACGGUCGUCCAGUGCGAAAAAGACGUUAGAGAGGGCGCUCGAGUUGAUGCCGGAGGUGGAAAGGGUGGAGGAUGAAGGGGUCGAAGAUCCGGAGUCGCAGGAGGAAACUGGGGGUCACGUCAGCGACGAACAGACGUUGUUAUGAAUACCGGUCGAGUGACUAGUCGUGUUUAUGAUUGAAUCUGCAAAAGCCACUAAGCCAAAAAAAUAUCUGCGAUGCCUCUGGAAGUGCCGAAGAUCUGUACCCAAUUUAUUUGUGAUAUGACGGAGUGUACUGUUAUUUAAGUAGUAUAUUUUAGCGGUUCAGAUUUUUAAUUUCAACAAUGUUUUUAGGCUAAUAGAAGUUUUUUUCGUAUUACUAACAAUGAACGAAGCCGAAAUUUAGUGCAGACAGUUUAGAUAUCUAGACGAGGAUAUGCUAUUUUUUAAGUUCGAAAGUGUGUUAAAGAGUGCAGAAAAUAGAGAAAUAUUUUUUGGUCAGUUGCCUCCUGUUUAUCAUACAUAUAUAGGCCCAGUAGGGAUUACGAAUUGAUUUCGUCGCGUAAUCAACAUACAUAUAAAUAAACGCAAUGCACCUCACUGAAAA